UUUGGACUUUUUGAGAACGCAAAUAUAUCCCGUUCUGUCGUGGUUGGUUCAAUUAUUCUUGUUGCCCAGCUUGAUGUUGUUGUUGUUCAUGUUUGUUUGUUUAUUUAUUUUGAAUUACUACGUUACGGUAGGAUCUAUUGGCAUUGACUUUUGCUUUUGCCUUGAAUGAUUCUUCACAGAAGAUCCGCUUUCUUGUUGAGUCGUCUUUUACUGGUCUUACGAGUUAGUCCAAUGACUAUGUCCAAGGAAGCCUGCAGUAUGGCUGAUAAAUUCCCCUCCAGCAUUCGUGACUUCGGAUACGUGUUUAACAGCGAAGGAAAGUUACGCAAAAUAGAUCCUGCAACAGGUGAAGCUGGCAGUGAGCCGUUUGAAUUCAAUGUAAGCUCUGAUCCGGCAUACAACCAGAAGCGUUAUGAAGCUCUUGGAGAGCUCAUUACACCAUAUGUUUAUCAACUUUUGAGUGAUGAUGUGGGCCUGAAGAAACUUCCAGUUCCCGACAGUCAGGACCCUUCAACAUUCAUUUUUGCCACUGAGGAUGCCCUCUCCAAUCCUGACAAGCUUAUGGUACUCAUUCAUGGAAGCGGUGUUGUGAGGGCCGGCCAGUGGGCACGGAGCCUUAUCAUUAAUGACUGUCUUGAUUCUGGAACUCAAAUUCCAUACAUUCAGCGAGCUAUAGCGCAGGGAUAUGGAGUACUUGUUUUGAAUACUAAUGACAACAAGCGUACCAUUAAUGGGAAAGUUGUUACUAUCAAGGGUAGCAGUGACCCAUUAGAACAUGCAAAUUGGGUUUGGGAAAAUUAUGUAACUAAGGCAAAGGCUAAAAAGAUAGCUGUUGUAGCGCAUAGUUUCGGUGGUGUUUGUGCUGUGGAAUUGGCUAGUGCUUAUUUUGACGAUUUUAAAUCUAGAGUAUUUGCUGUUGCGCUUACUGAUUCAGUGCAUCAAAUGAGAGGGCAAAGGUUGAAAACUGAAGUAAAGGAGUAUCUCUAUUCAGUUGGUCGAAACUGGGUCUCAAGUGGAUUACCUUUGGACAAAGUAGUAGAGGAUUACAAGAAGUCUGAUAUUAUUUCAGUUUCUGCAGGUCACAGGAAACAUGAAAUGACAUCUUGGUCCUGCAUAGAAUCUCUCUUCAAGUUUCUACAAAAUAACUAUGAACCUGUUAGUUAAGGAAAUUUUUUCAAUGAGCUUGGUCAAAAUAAAAAUGUUGUCCUUCUCCUCUUA